AUGACCGCCACUACCACCACGUCCAUCACAACCGCCCUGCUCCACCUCUCCACACUCCUCCACCUCUCCACCACAGCCUUUUCGAUUGGUGUCAAUUAUGGUACCCUGGCCAACGAUCUGCCAUCACCAUCUCAGGUGGCCAGCUUCCUUAAAACACAAACAAUUAUUGAUAGCAUCAAAAUCUUUGACACCAAUCCUGACAUUCUUCGCGGUUUUGCCAACACAAACAUUACCGUGACUGUAACCGUUGGUAAUGGUGAUAUUCCUGCUCUUGUUGAUGCAAAUGCCGCCGGCCGAUGGGUUGCUAACAAUAUCGAGCAAUUUUAUCCACAGACAAGGAUUAAACUCAUCGCUGUUGGCAAUGAAAUCUUGUUUUCUGGUAAUAAGGAGUGGAUUUCUCAUCUUGUACCCUGCAUGAAGUCCUUGCAUCAGGCUCUUGUCCGUGCUGGGAUCAACGAUGUUAAGGUGUCAACUCCUUACACCCUUGGAAUCUUGCAAACUUCUGUGCAACCAAGUGCUGCCCGGAUUAAGCCUGCCUAUGGCAAAGUCGUAUUUGCACCCAUGCUCGAAUUUCUACGUCAAACCAAAUCACCCCUUUUGGUUAACCCAUACCCUUAUUUUAGCUACGCUCGGAGCAUGGAAGACUACAUCCUUUUCAAGCCUAACCCUGGUUUCCAUGACGACAACACCAACAUUACCUACACUAAUAUGUUCGUUGCAAUGAUGGAUGCAGUUUAUUCGGCAAUAAAGGCCAUGGGUUACGAUGACUUGGACAUUGUUGUGGCCGAGUCCGGUUGGCCCUCACUUGGCGACCCAAACCAGCCCAUGUGUACUGUGGAGAACGCAGUGUUAUAUAAUAAGAACAUGAUUAAGGUUGUUACUUCGGGGGAGGGGACUCCUUUAAUGCCCAAACGGCGGUUCGAGACAUAUGUUUUUGCAUUGUUUAAUGAGAAUCUUAAGCCUGGAACAGCCGCAGAGAGGAAUUGGGGCUUGUUUAGGCCAGAUUUUAGCCCGGUUUAUGAUGUUGGCAUUUUGAGCAAUAUUGGAAAGCAGGCAGAUUCUCCCCUCCCAUCACCCACAACAAGCAAGACAUGGAGUGAGCCCAAAGUGAACGCUAGUGGCAAGGCAUCACAAGCGAACAAAGGCUAUGUGUGCAUCCAGGGGGCGCAUUGCAAGCCUAUUCAAACUGGUGGUUCCAGUUUCAAUCCAAACAAUAUCAGGUCCCAUGCAUCAUUGUUAAUCCCGCUCAUUAUGAUUUGGUUUGAUCGUGGAGAACUAGAGGCCCAUUUAGGAGGGCAGCCAGCAAUUGCCCAGCCCCUUUUUUGCACCUGCUCUUAUUCUACAAGGAUCGUGGAGAACUACAGGCCCAUUUAG